UCGUUUUCACUCUCCCUCUGAAGUCAAGAUGUGCAGACUGCCCCGAACAAUUCCGUUAUCAGAUCCCGACUUUGGCGCGCAACUCAUGAAGCCCGUACUAGGGGGAUUAAUCAAUUGCAACUCACCUCUGAACGGCAGCAGAGCCGCUUCCUUCUUUAAUCUUUGCUGCCUCUUUGGCAGCGUGGAGUUUAAAGAGUUAAAGGGAGGUGCUUGGGAAAUCUGAUGCUAAUGGUGUCUAAAGAAAUGUUACACUUCAACAUUGCCGUCCAGGUUUUCCGAGGAGGAGGAGGAGGUGGUCAGUUCCCCGCCGCUGAAGCAAAAAACCUAAACCAAGACCAAAAAACUUUUGCUUCUUUACGCGAUCGUCGAUUCAUUUCACGACGAAGCUCAGAGCCAAAGAGGAAAACAUUUGAUUUUCCCAAAGCUGCUAGUUUCGGCUUCAUCUACUCUUUUCUUUAGCUGAUGCUGGAAAUGCUGGCAAGACAGCUCCAUUGGACUCUCUGUUGCUGGCUAGGGGUUUGCCUGUGGCUUCUGGCUGGCGAAACAGGAUGUAUCAGCACUGAGCUCUGCAGAAGCCCCCCAUGUGGCCGGAGCAGUGACAGUGAACAUCAGCCCAGCAGAGAACAGUGCCACGGUUCCCGCUGCUCAGGCAGAGCAAGUCACCCAACUCGUGCCUUUGCUCACACCACAACCCCUGUGCGAGGGCAGCUGCACAGCAAGCAUCUGGUACCUGCCCUCCAACAGCAGCAGCCACUAGUGGCCAGCAGCCUGGGACAUACGGCCUUGGCCAUGAGGGGUACAGAAGAGAGUUGUCCUGGAGGAGGAGACUGCACCUCUGGGGCUCCCAAUGGCACCAUACAAGACUGCAAAGGCAUUGAGUGCAGGCUGCCCCUGCGCAUUCGACAGAGGUCCAGGCCGGCUACCCAGGCCAUCCCAUGCUCCCCAAACCAGGGGGAAGGCUGCCCUGAGCCGACCCUGGUUAGAGUCUCUGAGAGGGCAGCCCAGUUCAUCGGGGAGGACCUUGCCUACACAGCUUCAGAACUAGGGGGUGCCGCCCUGGGCGUUCAGCUUACCUGUGAUGUCAAACCAGGGGAAAAUGAGGUCCCAUCUGAGGAUGCACUUGUGCUACAACUUCAGCUGACUAAAGGACAAGAGAAGUUUGUUGAAAUGCUGAAAAACCAGCAGGUGGUGAUUGUGGAUUUACAGCAAAAACUCUCAGAGCAACAGAGUACUUUAGUCACCCAGCAGCGGGAAAUCAUUGAGCAACAAAGGAAAAUGUAUGAGCAAAUGGAUCUGAUAAAGGUCCAGUAUGGCAUGCUUUUUGAUACGGUGAAGCAAACGUCAUUUAAAAGUUUGCAAGAGGAUAUUCAACAUUAUUUUGAAUCUAAUCUCCACGGCCUUCAGAACCAAGUCAGAAAUCAUCUCCAGAAGUCAUACUCUGUGCAUAAAGUCAAAGUUGAGGCAAAAGUGAUUGAUGUUGGGGAACCUUUAAUGGACUGUGGACUUUGUGAAAGUGAUGAAUUUUGCAAUUUCCAGAAGACACCCUCACAAUGUGAAAAAUGCACCUUGUGCCCUGCCGGCUUUUUCCAACUGUCUGAAUGUUCUGCAAAUGCUGAUCGGAUAUGCCAGGACAGAGAUGAGUGCAUUGAAUCACCAAACAUAUGUGGGGAAAGGAUAAAAUGUCUGAACACUCCAGGAGGAUUCCGAUGUCUUGGAAUUGCAGAAAAAGAAGCUGCCUUGGGAUUGUGUGGAGAAGAGUACUUCUUUAACAAAGAGCUGCAAGAGUGCCAGGCUUGCCUAAUGUGCGAAGAUGGGGUGGUUGUUUUCCCUUGCUCCACUGUCAGCGAUACAGUUUGCUCAACAGCCAGUGAGAACAAGCUGUCGCAGUCCUGGACUGCAAGCAUUGUUUUACCCUUGGCAAAGUCUGGCACUUCUGAAGUCUAUCCUGGUUUAACCUUGAAGAUAAAAGAAAAGCAGGAGGGGGACAUAGUAACGGUGGACGAGAACAGCCUGGUCUUCAAGCAGCAUGGCUUGAUGUGGGCCGACUUCAAUUUUGCUGUGAAGCACAACUGCAGGAACUUCCUCCAGCUCUCCUUAAAACUCAGCAACAGGGAGGAGGGCUACGAGCUAAGCGCUGUCCGGAUUGAGCAGCCAGAAGGCAAAAUUUUCCAGAGCACCAGCGUGAGUAGUGCUGCCGAGGUGGAGCCGAGCCAAACCCUUUCUGUGUUUUUGAAGAGCCCUAAUCAAUUCUGCAACCAAAGUAAAGACUUCAACAUUUACCACCUCAAUGCGCCCCUCAGUUUGUUUUGGUUAUCCCAUGAUACGGGGGCGGUGGCCAUGACCGCGCAGAUGUCUACCUCAAUGCACUACCAAACCAACUAUCGGCCAACCUUUAAAUUAGUUUCUCUUUCUGAUCCUUACAUGCUAACUUUGUCCCACGAUGGCAGAGCCAUCAAGUUUACUGAAAUGGGUGUGGUGAAGUUUGUUUUCCAUCAGGCGUUAUACUCCAUGGGCCACACCUGCAUUCGCGAAGGGUUUUCCCUGGUUUCUUAUCUCAACCGAAAUGGCACCAAUGCAGAACUAAUGACCGUGCAUAAGUCUGGUGUCAAUUAUCGAGACACGUCAAUCUCUGCCUCCGGAGCCACCAAAGUUGGAGCUGGGGAUCUGAUUAGCUUUGAGAUCCUUUCGCCAGCACAAUGCAACGUUCGUUAUUUUGGAGACAGCUCUGGAAUUAGUAUGCUGAGCCUCAUCUGGAUCCCAUCUGCAGUUUCCACUGCUCUUUCAGCCUCGGUCUCUGUUAUGGGACUGCCUACAGGAGCUGUCAGAAACAAAUUACUGGAUUUUACUCUAGUGUCAUCCAAUGAGAAGCAGAUCCAUCUAGUUUCUACUGGACAACUUGCUCAAAAAUAUUUUCUGUUUACCGAAAGGGGAGUUGCCAGUGUUGUGUUUACAAUAAAGUUGAUCCACUCAUGUAACAUGCUCAGAGUGACUCUAAAUCAGCUCCUCAGUAAUCAUGCGCAACCUAAUGCAGUUGCACAGCAGGUUGGAGGGCAAAUGCCAGAGGGAAGCAUCUGGACCAGUGUUACUCUUCGUUACUCUUUUGAAGUUUGCAACGGUACAAUGAUAUCUAUUUCUCUUGACUGUGUGCGUGGCAGAGUCAAUCAUAUUGCACAUGAACAUGGCACCAGUUUAUCUAUCUUAUGGAUUUCAUCUGUCCCAGGAGAAAACUAAAACCUAGUAAGAUAAAUGGAAGGAAUAAGGAGAUAUGAUUGGUAAGCCCAUGUUGGGCAUGUUUCCUUUCUCCAGUUGCAGGUGCAGAACUUGUCAGGGAGAGAAUAGAUGACAAAACAAAAAGGCUAUAAUACAGGGAUGGUGAACCUAUGGCAUUCAAGCUGUUGCUGGACUAUAACACCCAUCAUCCUUGACCAUUGGUCAUGCUGGCUGGGGCUUUUGGGGGUUGGAGUCCAACAGGCUGUCCAUUCAUGUAAGAAUUGGCUAAGAUGGAAGCUGGUUCUUAGGCUACCCUAGGAAGUUAAAUAAUUGACUUUCAAUGUGAUUUUAAUACCUAGUUGAGGCAGCAUUAUGAAUAUGAGCCUCCAAUGUGCAGUUGUCAAUUCAUAUAUUAAUGGAGUGCUAUGGAAGCUAUUUUCACAUGGCUGGCACAGAGGCUUAUCUUUAAUAUCCCUUAGGAGGAAACCUGUGAAUUGGGUGAUCAGAGUGGCUAUUUCCCAUGUGCAAGAGUUCCUUCAAAUAUAUUCUCACAGAUGGAUUUAAAAGGGAAGUAGGCACAUUCAUCAAGGAUAAGUCUGUCAUGAGUUAUCCUGAACACUAAUAGUGAACUCAUUCUCUGAGUGUGGAUCUCCUUAUGUAGCCAAAACAGCAUAAUCCAUGCCCAAGACAGAGGUAUCAGCAGGCCUGGGGGAAACCCCAAGUUUUGCAGAAGUACAAACAGUUCUCAGGGGGGAAAUUAAUAAGCCAAGAAAAAAAAUCUUGGCUAUUGCUCAUGGUUAAGGAGGAGGGUUUGGAUGGCACACUUAAACCAAAUCAUGUCUUAGCUACCACACUGAGCUGAAAGGACCAUGCUGCCAUCUUCUCUUUGGGAGCCCAUGUGUUUGUGCUAAGCCAUGAUAUGACUUAGCAUUAUGUGCAGAACGCGGCCAGUGUGGUUCCCCCUCCUUGCUUUUGUAUGGCCAGGCUUUAUAGGGUCUGUAGCCUUCCCCAAAAUUGAAGUACUCCAAAGUGUGUUCCCACCUUGUCCACAAACAAAAUGGUUUUGGAAUAACAGUUAUUUUUACCAGUGCCACCAAUUUAAUAUUUGGCUCCUUUUUGUCUGACCAUGUUCUAAAUCUUUUUGUCCUAACAAUGAUACAUUUGCAUAACACAAAA